UCCCAGACAUUGCUUUUUAAAUGUAACACGAGUCAAAUAAAAGUGCCUUUUAGUUAAUUAAAUAAAAUAUUAUAUUUUAAGAAGUUAUAUUUACGUUGUGCCUUGUUUGAUGUUACGUUAUGCUUUGUUUGAUGUUUCAUUCAAAAUUUUAGCAGUUUGACGAAAUUACCUGCUCAAAAAAUCGUUGCGCUCAAUUUGUUAUAAGCAAUAUUUUAUGGAAUAAUAUUAGGAAUAUAUCGUGAAGUGAUAAUAGUUUCUAUUAUAAAACUGUGGUUGUGAAGUGCAGCUUUAGUUGUUAGGCGGAUUUGAUCGUCGUUAAAUUUAUAAAGUGUUGAGGAAAUUUGGCUCGUUUAGAGGUUGUGUUCUUGGUUGUGGCGCCGGCGCUGUGGAGGGGUCGCAGCGUGACCGUAUGUGCGAUGCGAUGCGCGACAAACUCGCGUCAUUGCUGCGUAGCUCAGUCCGUGCGCACGCGCAUACAGAAAACGCGGACAAAUUGCACAAUGGCGCCAUUACUCCUGUUUUGGUCUUCCCAAAUGAAGGGAGUGCACGCGAAGGCGGAUUGGUGUGGCGCGGGUGCGCCGCCAACUGCGACGCCGAAGACGGCGCGGCGGGAACACUCACCGACGGCAACGCCAACCCAGGAGACAAGGUACAGCUGGAGGGGUCGGACGCAGCUCCGGACGACCCUGUUCACCUCAAGAGACGGGUGGGACUCUUCAGUGGGGUGGCUCUAAUCGUCGGCACUAUGAUUGGUUCUGGAAUAUUCGUGUCGCCCUCUGGGCUUUUGGAGCGCACGGGCUCAGUGGGCAUAAGUUUCAUCAUUUGGAUGGCGUGUGGCCUGCUCUCCCUGCUCGGAGCGCUCGCAUACGCGGAGCUAGGAACGAUGAAUACAUCAUCCGGAGCUGAGUACGCGUAUUUUAUGGACGCUUUCGGAGGACCUCCUGCAUUUUUAUUUUCAUGGGUCUCGACUUUAGUACUGAAACCAUCUCAAAUGGCUAUCAUCUGCCUCAGCUUCGCUAAAUACGCUGUAGAGCCGUUCGUGUCGGAGUGCGAACCACCACACGCUCUCGUCAAGCUAGUGGCCGUCAUUUCUAUUGUAAUGAUCCUGGCGGUCAACUGCUACAGUGUGAACUUAGCGACGAAAGUUCAAAACAUCUUCACUGCGGCAAAAUUGGUAGCGAUUGCAAUAAUCGUCUGCGGAGGAGCGUACAAAUUAAUAUUAGGUAAUACGCGACAUUUACAGGAGCCCAACUUCGCCAGUAGCACGGCGACUCUGGGCAACAUCGCAACGGCCUUCUACACGGGCCUGUGGGCCUACGACGGAUGGAAUAACCUUAACUAUGUUACAGAGGAAAUAAAAAACCCAUCCAAGAACCUCCCACUGAGCAUAAUAAUCGGUAUCCCGCUGGUGACACUGUGCUACGCGCUGGUCAACGUAUCGUACUUGGCCGUCAUGUCGGUAAGCGAGAUGGCCGACAGCGAAGCGGUGGCCGUCACGUUCGGCAACCGACUGCUGGGCCCUCUCGCCUGGCUUAUGCCGCUCGCCGUCACCAUCUCUACCUUCGGAUCCGCUAAUGGGACGCUAUUCGUUGCUGGGAGAUUGUGUUUUGCGGCAUCUCGGGAGGGACACUUGUUGGAUAUACUAUCAUAUGUCCACGUGCGACGUUUUACUCCAGCUCCUGGACUGAUCUUCCAUUCUCUGAUAGCGGUAGCGAUGGUGCUGUACGGGACGAUAGACUCGCUGAUCGAUUUCUUCUCGUUCACUGCCUGGAUCUUCUACGGUGGAGCCAUGCUUGCUUUGAUCGUCAUGAGAUACACUAAGCCCAAUGCGCCCAGACCUUAUAAGGUGCCGAUAAUAAUCCCAUACAUAGUGCUCAUAGUGUCCGCCUACCUCGUCGUGGCGCCGAUCAUAGACAAGCCGCAAUGGGAGUAUCUGUACGCGGGGGGGUUCAUCCUCGGCGGCCUGCUGGUGUACUUGCCGUUUGUCAAGUGGGGAUAUUCGUUACCGUUUAUGGACAAGAUAACAGUUUUUCUGCAAAUGGUGCUGGAGGUGGUGCCGACGUCGACGACUUUCGAAUAUUAAGUCCGCGCUGGACUAUAAAAGGCAUUUUUUUUUAAAUCUUCAAACGGUUUUUUGGCUCGUUAUCUUUUCGAAAUCGUAUUUAUGAUUCGGCCAUUAAAUUGAAAGAUGUACGGUAUAACAAAUGACAAGCAAUUAAAUUUUGCAAGGAAUCUAUAAUAAUUUAUGAUAAGUUUGGCCAAUUCAGUGUAUCAUAAAGUUAAUUAUUUUUUGACUGAUAUAACAGGUUCCUUAUUAUACCUUAAAAUAAAUAUCUACAAAAAAUAUUAUAUUAUUAACAUUGGAAAUUUUAUAUCGUCGUUGUUUUUGUAUUUUUUAUUUAUUUCAAAAAUAUCUUUGAAUGCUAUGAAAACUUUUUUUUACUUAUUUACAAAAUAGUCAGUCGACUUAUUAAGUAUAGUGCUCCCUUAUUUCUAUUGUAAGCCCAUUCGACUUUUAUCUUUGUUUACUUAAGACAACAUUUCUCAUUUCAUUAGUUUGCACGAAUCAUUCCUACGGGCAUUUGUGAAGAGAUUUCGCCAGGUCGAUGUUUCUAGUACAAAUAUUUUUAAAGGAACUGAUAUUAUUUUUGAAUAUUGCUAAAAUUUAAAAUUAAUUGAAAAAAAUACUAACUGGCAACUAAUACGAUUCUAAUUGCAAAUACUUAUAUAGAUUUUAAAAGGAUUAUAUUACUAUUAUUAUCCAAAAGUUAGUAAUGACGAUGAAAACUUCGUUACCGGCCAAUAUUAUAAAUUGAAUGAAAAUUAAAACGAAUGUAGAAAUGUUUUCAAAUGUUUAUAAUAUUUUUAAUAACAUAAAAGUAGCUAAAGGUAGAAAACGUUCAACGUUUGUGACGGUGUGGCAAAUCUCUAGGCUCAAAGCCCCUUUCGCAUCACUAUGAGUGAUUGUGCUAAACUCAUAGUCUAUAGAUAUCAUCUCAUUCUUAGUAAACCUUAGUUUUUAUAAGAGUAAGUAUUCUUGUGUUUAUUUAAAUUUAUUGUUCUCUUUUGCAAUAUUUUUACUUACAAGGGAUAGAUAGCGAAAUAUAAUAUUUUAAUUUUUUUUCAUCUGUUGCGAUACAAAACAGUUGUCUUUUUUUAUUCAAUGAAAAAUAUCGUCGAGUAAAUCAGAAAUGAAUAUAUUCAUUUUUGUUAUAUGAUAGCUGAAUUAAAAAAACUUUACUAUAAUAUUUUAGAUAGUUCAAAAAAUUAAAUCACGGUUUUAAAAAAAGAAUAUUAUAUAAAGCCAUCGUUAUUCUAUCCCACGUUUAAAGACUAAAGUGUGGUUUUUGACUAAUAUAUCCGCGAGUCACGGCGCAAUUUUGCGACCGGUAAAAAUUGGUCUUAUCAUUCCUUACCGGGGCGAAACUAAGCUGUGACCGCUGUUUUCUUUUUCAAUCUAUAUUUAUAUUAAGGAAUAUUUUUGAUAGGUUUUAGUUCAGAAAUCAUGCAAUUAUAACAUUUUUAUUACAAGCAAUCGAUGCAGUCGCAAUUGUACUUUUUAUAAUGAAAGUAAUACAUUAAUAUUUUCAUAAGCAGUGUUCGCUCUUGCAAUUCUAUUUGUAGAUGUCUAAUGUUCAGUAAAAAAUAGUAGCGUUUAAGCCCAUUAGAUGACCCACGAUGCUUAAAAUCCUAUAAAUUACCCCAUUUUAAACGAUCUAAUUGUGUAGAGAUCUACGUAUAUCAAUUACUGUCUAAACUCUAAAUAUAUGUUACUUGUAAGAACUUGGGCACACGAGUACACACCUAACAAUGUGAUAUACUGUUAUGGGUAAAACUGAUGGUUUUAUUUUGUGUACAGAUAAAAUAUCAAAUACCUAUACUUACGCGAAAUAACCUAUGUACUUAUCUCUUAAUAAAGGACAGAUUUAUUUAUUGUUAUACACUACCAUUGAAUUAAAUGAAAUUUUAAAUAAAGACAAAUUAAAACUGAA